CUCUAGACUAGCCGAUGUCAGUCGCGGGUUUGGAGCGAGAAAUUUCUCGUAAUAUUUUUAAUCUUGCUCUAGUGAACGCUACAAAGAGCGAGCCCCCGUUCCAGUCCUCCCCGAUCAACGCUCCAACACAAUGGCCUCCACACAGACUCCCAGUCCGGCUCGCGCAGCUACCCUGACCUCAAACACACGAUCCUCUCAAGAAGUGACCCCUGACUUUACCGACCCAUCCUUCGAUCCAGCCGAUUUCCUCAACGAUAUCAAUGCGCAGAAUGUCCGGCUUUCCAAUCAACUCACACAACUCACCGAUGAGAUUUUGCGGAGUGGAGGUCGACUAGCGUACGAGGUUGAGGUGCUGCGGGGUGAAGCGAUUGGUCUUUCGGAUACGUUGACCGAGGUCCUCCAACCGGAUAUUGCCCAGUUUGUGCCCGAGGCUCUACAGACGGCUGUGGACAGCGACAAAGAUGUUAUUGUGGCUCAAGAGGGAGAAGAGAGAGAAACGGCGGCAGAAAUGGGCCAGGGCGACAAGGCCACGGUUGCUGAUCCGGACUACAUCACGAAACUACGGAUGCUGAAUCAAGUACGGUCGCGACUGGAGGGUGUGGUUCAGACCUUUGGCGACGCCAUGGAAUGGCCGUUACCGCCGUCGGAGACCUCCCUGACAUCGUCCUUCAUCUCGGUUUCCGCCCCUGAACCUGGGCCCGAGAGCCAGAGUCUCGAGGAGAAGGGGCAGGAGGUCGCAAAGAAGCUGCGGAACGAGAUUACAGAGUUACUCAAUACCAAUGGUGGUGGACAAGCAGGUUUGGAUGCAGCUACGAAGCGAUUAGAAGCGCUACGCGAGUUGGCGACAAUAUGGAAGGGCUCGGCUGAAGAGAAGGCGCGAAAUCGUUUUCUGGAUAGUCUGGCGAAGAUUAUAGAUGACCGGCGCCGGUCAUUGGAGAACCAGGGCAGUUCGGACCAGUCCCAUGCGCGAUCCUCGUCGGCGAGAGGGAAGACGAUGGGCCAUCAACGGCAGGAAAGCGAAGGGCCAGGGGGUGGCAUCUUUAAGAAUCUACAGCGCCUGCGUGAGGAGAUAUACCUGGAAUGAUACACUUAUAGUGUAUAUCGGACUGUGUACAGAUUCGGAGAAAUAUUGUGUAUACCUACAUGCAGACCUGGAGUUCUCGCUGGGUGACUGGACCAGGACGCUGUCAUACGGACGCCAUCAAGACAGUCCGGAGUACAUAGACUAGGCUAGACUAAAUGCUGAUCUGGAUGAAACGCC